AUGUUCAUGUGCAUUGCAGGGAUGCAUCUCAUGCGACAAGACUUCAUCCAACGCUUCAACGCCCUACAUCCCGACCUCAGCCCCCCGCUGCGGGAAGCCGACGACCUCAACCAACGCCUCGUGCCAUACCACGGAGGUCUUCGGACAUUCCAGCCCGAUCGCGCAAUCUUUUUCCAAGAGGAGGGCCUAUCUACGAUGCCGGGACACCUCACGACGGAAGAGAUCAGUUAUCUGCGCAGUGGGUCCCCUCGUGCAGUUCUUGUCGGCAAAAGGUGGUGCCGUCGUUGAUUGCUGCAUAAUCCCUUUGACUGCCCAUACUAGAGCGAGGCAUCCGUUUUGGGCUCCAAGGAUAUUCUGGCUCCGGGUUCGACAACGUCGUCGAUGCAAGAUUUCCUUUACCUCCUCCUCUUCCAAGUGACUUAUUGGGUAUGCCCGAACUCAUCGAGGAGAGUAUUGUGAGGAGCCGGAGGCCUGAGCGGGAAGAGGAUUUGAUUACGAUGGGAGGUAAAGAAGGCAUAAGGGUUGCCAUAACUUACGGCAUGCCCUGGUGGCGUUGGUACGUGCACGCCAAGCGUCGUCUGUUUUGA